CCGGGCUCAGGGCUGAGGCGAGGACGCCCAGCAUAGAGCCAGGCGCAACUCCCACCCUGCAAGCAGCCCCAACAAUGCAGCCCGCACAAGGACCUUCGGCGGAAAGCACACAGGAUCGCUGGACAAGAUCGGAGCAGCCACGCAUCCUCCUAUGUGGCCACAGUAUGAUGUUCUGGGCAGGCCGCAGGGCGGCGAAGUCUCGCUUCGGCACGCAGCUGGGGCUCAGUCAAUGGGCCGCAGUGCGGUGGCUGGGACGUCGGGGGAUGCGUUGGGAUGGGCUCCUGCCAGCCUUGUUUCAACCGGCUGUGGAAGUGGCAGCGCCCCAGGUGCUGGUGAUCCACCUCGGGGGCAACGACUUGGGUCUGUUAAAGGGCAAGGCCCUAAUUGAACAGGCAUGCGGUGACCUCCGGGCCAUUGCACGUCGCUGGCCGGGGGUGCACUUAGUGUGGUCAGACAUCCUGCCGCGCAGGAGGUGGAAUUGUGCCGGUGACCCACGAGGGAUGGACAGGGCACGGAAAAAGGUGAACAGGCAAAUUCAGAGGGCCCUUAGGGACUUAGGAGGUUCUGUCAUCCACCACCCAGAGGUGGGCCACAACAAGCUUGAGCUGUUUCGGCCUGACGGCGUCCAUUUGACGGACAAGGGCAACGACAUCUUUCUAAGGGACCUGCAGAAGGGUUUACACCAGAUUCUUAUCGGGUGUGGGGUAAAGGGGGACUAAGCAGAGGCUUGUCCCCCUUCUGUGGCGAAGAAGUGCGGGGAAAGGUUAAAGGGAAAGGGCAGCUAGGUGACACCUUUAGGCACCUUUGGGGGUGACAGGCGGUC